AUGGCUCUCCGCGUCCUGGGGCGUCGCGUCGUUUCUGCUGCGUCUCGUCUGGCAGCUCCUACUACAGCGGCUCUGUCUGAUUCUCCGUCUCUUGUUGUAGAUGCUGUAGCAGUAGCGACGCGAUACCAGACGCGGUCGUUCGCCAAGGCCAAGAAGAACAAGGACAGCAGGAGCAGAGCCAGUGUACCUACUACUGUUCUGACGGAUAACAACGGAGAAGAGGACAACGAGGAAGAAGAAGACGCAUCAGUGCAUGGAGAAGAAGAUGGAGGAGCAGCUCAAGCAGUUCGGAAGGCCACGAAGAACAUGAAGGGAGCCGUGGUCAACUUUACACGAACGCUGAGGCAGAUGCGUCCAGGGCGAGCAGAUGCGGGCAUCUUUGAUGAGCUGCACGUCCAAGCGUAUGGUCAGCACGUUCCUAUGGCUCAAUUGGCGCAAGUGUCGGUCGUCUCUUCGCACGCUCUGAGCGUCUCGGUCUAUGAUCCAUCGCUUUUGCCGGAUGUGAAGAAAGCUAUUGAAGGCGCCAAUCCAGUUUACUCUGUGCGUGAAGAUGCGAGUGGUCUUGAAAUCUCGUUUCCCAAGAUGUCCAAGGAGACGCGGGCAGAGCUGCUGAAAGCUACUAAGAAACAGGCAGAGAAGGCCCGACAGCACGUGCGUCGCGUGCGACAGGAUGCGAUGAAUCAUGCAAAGAAACUCAAGGAAACUGUCUCGGAAGAUGCCAUGGAGGCGCAGAAAGAACGCAUCCAGAAAAUGACUGACGGCGCCAUCGCCGAGAUCGCCAAGAUACUCGAAGCGAAAGAGACAGACCUGAGCACUGUCUAA